UAACAAUUAUUUUGGUCUCAUUGCCUAGGGGAGAUGAUAUUGAGUCAUCGGUUGCCAAUUUUUACGACAAAACUUAUAUCCCUCGUUAUGCUAUUCUAACAUUCCUUACAUUAAGUGCUAUAUUGGGUGCUGUGUAUUGUUUUAUUUAUGUCUGCUUAACUCCUGUGGAAACUAAAAAGAUAAAGAAGUUUGGUUUUGUAAACUAAACACGUAGUGACAAUGUGUAGUGCCAUGUGUCAAGGUUUAAAGUCGCCAGUCAGAAGGCUGGCUAACUUGAGGAGAGCUAAACAUAUAUCAACUUCAAUAGUACACAAUGAAACUAUAUUAGUUAAGAAUAAUGAUGAUUUUGUUAAUAAGGUAAUGAACAACGACAAACCAGUAAUAGUAAAUUUCCAUGCGGAGUGGUGUGAGCCCUGUAAGAUCCUCACUCCAAAGCUAAAGGAACUAAUUGAGCCCUUAAAUAAUCUAGACCUUGCUAUAGUUGAUGUGGAAGAAAAUGCUGAUCUGGUGCACACGUUUGAAGUAAAAGCUGUGCCAGCAGUAAUAGCGGUGAAAAACGGUUUAAUAGUUGACAAGUUUAUCGGUCUAGUCGAUGCCGACAUGAUAAAUAGUCUCAUAGACCGCAUGUCCGGUAAAAAGAAGGAUGACGCGUAACUUCCGGAAAUUGUCUAUGCUAACAGGAUUGCCAUUAAAUAUAUUUUGUUAUUGUUUUUUUAUCAUGUAAAGUGUAAAUAAUACGAAGCUUUAUGGCGUGAAUGGCUGCUUUAUUAUUUUUUACGCGAAUCGAUGUAUAAUCUUUUUUUAUUUAUAUUAGACACAAUUUUAUGUUAUCGCAGAAGUAGAAUUAUUAUAGUUAAGUUUUUAUUACAUCUUCGACUGUUUUACUCUAUGUUUAUAAACAUAAUUGAAUAAUGUUUAAAAUAGUUUUAAUUUACCUUAACCUACAAAAAUGAUUUAAUAUUAAUGUAAGUAGCAAUAACAUAAUAUGGGUACUAUAAUUAUUAUUUAUACGAAUCAAAGUAUAUACAAUCAUAAAGAAUAUAUUAAAUGAGUAUAGAAAAAAUAAAAUUAGAAUUUACUACUUUCUAUGAUACAUAAUAAUGAUACUUAUGUCUGUGAAAACUAGUGUACUUUCACUUUAGAGCGAAAUUAAAACUACUAUUAUGUAGUAGGUAUUCGAGAAUAAUUUCACUAUUUAAUAUA